GACAUGCGCCGCUGAGGAUGGAAGUGGAGGACUCGGGCGGCGUGGUGCUGACUGCCUACCAUUCGUACGCUCGCUCCCAGCCACCCAGCUCAGAACCCCGCUGCGCGCCCAGGGCCACCGCCAGCCACCCUGGCAGCAGAAAAUCUAUUCCUCGCUGCCGAAGAAUUAACAGAAUGCUCUCCAACGAGUCCCUACAUUCUCCUGCAUUUAGCCGCUCCAACUCACAAGCCUCCAUAGACAGUACCUCCAUGGAGGAGUUUUUGCGGGAAAUAGAAAGCAUUAAAGAGAAUAGCAUGGGAGGACAGGAAGAGCAGAUACCAGCUGAAGUCAAGCCUGUGGAUGAAGGAGAACUUGAAGCUGAGUGGUUGCAAGACGUGGGUUUAUCAACCCUGAUCUCAGGUAAUGAAGAGGAGGAUGGCAAAGCCUUGCUCUCUACACUGACUCGAACCCAAGCAGCUGCUGUGAAAAAGAGAUAUAAUACUUACACUCAAACCAUGAGAAAAAAGAACAAGCAGUCUGUUCGGGAUGUCAGAGACAUCUUUGGAGUCAGCGAAUCUCCUCCAGGUGAUACCUGUGACAACCAUACUGCUCAGUUGGAUGGAACCCCGGAGGAAAAAGAACUGCCAGGAAUUAUCAAAACAAGUGGGUCCUUGCCAGGUGGUGCUUCUCUCAACAAUACCACCCUGUCAGAUGGGUCCCAAGAUGAAGAAGGGAGUUUUGCAGUUCCUAGGAGUGGCUCUUUGUCUGUACUCGAGACUCUUCCAGCUCUACCAGUUCUCUCCAACGGAUCUCCAGACCCUGCAGAGGCAGUUCAGAGUGCAGGGAGUGGUGAUGAUUAUCGGAAAAAAAACAUUCCACCAGAAACUGAAGAGCUGUCCUUUGAAGUAUCUUAUUCAGAAAUGGUUACAGAGGCUCCAAAAAGAAGUAAAUUCAAGAAAUCAGAUUUUAAGAAAGAGGACUAUGCUUUAACUAAAUUUAUUGUCCAGAAAACCAGAUUCGGCCUAACCGAAGCAGGAGAUCUGUCUGCGGAAGAUAUGAAGAAAAUCCGCCAUCUCUCUCUAAUUGAACUGACUGCCUUUUUUGAUGCCUUUGGAAUCCAACUGAAAAGAAACAAAACUGAGAAAGUAAAAGGACGAGACAAUGGUAUUUUUGGCGUUCCACUUACAGUCCUAUUGGACAAUGACCGAAAGAAAGACCCUGGAGUGAAGGUUCCCCUGGUGUUACAAAAAUUUUUUGAGAAAGUUGAAGAAUCGGGCCUGGAAUCUGAAGGAAUUUUUCGACUUUCAGGAUGCACUGCCAAAGUCAAGCAAUACCGUGAAGAACUGGAUGCCAAGUUUAAUGCUGAUAAAUUUAAAUGGGACAGAAUGUGCCAUAGAGAAGCUGCAGUAAUGUUGAAGGCGUUUUUCAGAGAACUACCCACCUCUCUCUUCCCUGUGGAAUAUAUACCUGCCUUCAUCACUCUCAUAGAAAGAGGGCCUCACAUCAAAGUACAGUUUCAAGCUUUACAUCUCAUGAUCAUGGCACUGCCUGAUGCCAACAGGGACACAGCCCAGGCCCUCAUGACAUUCUUCAAUAAAGUGAUUGCCAACGAAUCAAAAAACCGAAUGAGUAUAUGGAAUAUUUCUACUAUAAUGGCACCAAACCUUUUCUUCAGUCGAAGCAAGCAUUCUGAUUAUGAAGAAUUACAGUUAGCAAACACUGCAGCGCACAUCAUCCGCCUAAUGCUUAAAUACCAGAAAAUUCUGUGGAAGGUUCCGUCUUUCUUAAUCAUGCAAGUCAGAAGAAUGAAUGAAGCUACCAUGUUGUUAAAGAAGCAGCUCCCAAGUGUCAAAAAGCUGCUGAGGAGGAAGACCAUAGAGCGAGAGGUUAUAAGCCCCAAGACUUCAAAGGUACUACAAAAAUCACCCUCUUCGAGAAGAAUGUCUGACGUGCCGGAAGGAGUCAUAAGGGUCCAUGCUCCGCUUCUCUCUAAGGUGUCCAUGGCCAUUCAGCUCACUAGUCACACCAAAGCCAAAGACAUACUGGCAAAAUUUCAAUAUGAGAACAGUCAUGGUUCCUCAGAAUGCUUUAAGAUUCAGAACCAACGGUUAUAUGAAAUUGGAGGAAAUAUAGGGCAGCAUUGCUUGGAUCCAGAUGCUUAUAUAUUGGAUAUAUAUCAUGUAAAUCCUCAAGCAGAGUGGGUGAUUAAACCCCAACCAAGUUUUUGAAAUAAUCCCCAAGAUGGCACCUAUCACGUAUUAUAUGCCAAGAAGAUUCUACAUUUGGUAGGGAAAAUAACAAGACUGUUUUCGACAUGUUUGUUUCAAUAACCUUCUUGGUGUUUCUCAGCCCAAGUGGCAUCUCCCAGCAUUGUCAACAUGAACUGUGGAGGAGGAGGAGCUGGUUGACUGAGCUGAGGCUUUCUCCUAUGGUUCCUUAAUAAUGGUGAAGGAAAGACACUGUGAUUGUUCCAGAGGAAAGGCCAACCUAGUAUAUGGAACUCUAUAAUCAUUUCUAGUACUUUGACUUCACAACAGAAAUGAACUUCGUCUUAUACCUAGAGAUAAAAAAUACUUCUUUAUGUAGCAAAUGCUACGAAACACAGACAUGGAAGAGUCUUUGUUUUACUUGCGUUAUAUAUAUGUUGACCUUUUUGAACAAGAAUGCCAGAAGUAUCAAUAAUUUCUGCUCUGAAAAUAAUUCAGAUCUGCUUUUCAAAGGGAAUUAGUUUCCAAAGUUAUGCAUCCAAUAUCCAUGCCCUUGACUUGCUCCCAAAUUGGAGGAGGAUGAACUUCUGUUGAAAGAACACUGUAUUGUUACAUAUGUUGUACUGUAUUAUGACUAUCCACAUUCUGGUGCAAGUAAACAUUUCUCUAUUGUGGGUUAUUGAAAAUUUAUAUUUUUAAAGCUUGUUCUCUUAUGAGCACAGGUUCCCAUAGCAAAGGUUAGUUUGACAGAGGGUGUUCUUAUGCUUUCAUAACCUUCUGUGUUGUUACUAGUCACAGACCUCUAUCUUUUCAUCAUGAUUAUGGUGCUCAAUGAAAAGCUUUCUCUGUGCCAGGCACAGAUUUCCUUUCCUGAUCAAACAUCAUUUUUUUAUAUUUUACAACUGUAGAUUGUCACUUCUGUAGCCCCAACUUAAAAAUAGAGAAUUGUCUUUAUCCAACUGCUCUUCAUCCAAAAGUACUGAAAAAUACUCUUAUAUCCAGGUUUUAUAUGCUGUAAAAGCAAAUUGUUUCUGUUCAUCAUUCAUAGAUUGGCCAAGCACUGUGGAUUAGCCUCAGGCUUUAAAGUCAGAUGCGUAUUUGUUAAGCUGGAAACUGUCUUACCAUGAAGAUCCUGCAGAGCCAUUUUACAGACCUACAGUCGGUGAGAACACACAGUUCUCCACAGUCUAAUGGAGAGCAAAUCCACAAUGUGCUGAAGGGUCAGACAGCUCUGCCUUUCAUCUUAAGACUGCAGAUAUAGGUCUAAGGUUAGCUAGAAAUGGGGACAGAGGUCUCAUUUAUCCUACAUGCAUGCUUUGGAUUAGAAUCCACAGAUUGAGAUUUCAUUGAAUUUAUAAUGAUUUUAAUGAGAUUUAAUGUCCAAAUGACUCUCUUUUGCAGUUCAAACAGUAACGUUAUAAAUACAGAAAACAUUUUACCAAUGCUUCGGUAAAAAAGUGUUUUUACCAAUGUUCCUACUUACCAAUUCUCAAAACACGAUAUAAUAAUUUAAGCUCACAUAUAGAAGAAAUCUUUUUUUUUUUUUU